AUGGGCCAGGUGAACUGCUGCCGCGGCCCCAGGGACGACCCUGACCCCGUGCAGCAGUGCACGCCUGUCCCAGCAUCACCCCAGCCGCUGCUCCGCCAGCGCGUGCGGCUGAGCCAGGGCCGUGCGACGAGGAAGAGGGACCUCCUCCUCUUCGGCGACGCCUUGGUCAUCGCCAAGCCCAACUCCCGGGCGCUGAAGGAGCUCUGGCUCAGCGCGCUCCUUGGGCCACCAGAAGGAGUGGAAGGAGCCCGGCUGACCCAGCUGCCCUCCAUCAAGCUCCUGCUGCAGGAGCUGAGCGGCCGCAAUGCCGUGAGUGUCCCUCCUGCCUCCGCUCUGCCCAGCCCCGAGGCUGCUCCAGCCCAGCAUCAGGCUGGUGCAGAGCAGCGGCCACCUCCCGUCCCCUCCGGCGGCAGCAGCGAACGUGGCCUUGGCCCCUCGGCUGCAGGCGGGACCCGCAGGAGGAGGAGGGGGCUGCCCUGGCCCUUCGCACGGCGGCGAGGCAGCUCGGCCGCUGCAGAGGCAGCCGGGCAGUCGGGCUCUGGCGGCAGGGGGGCUCUCUUCGGCCAGCCCCUGGCAGCUCUCUGCAGCCAGGACGGCACGCUGCCCCAGCCCAUCCAGGACCUGCUGGCUCUCCUGGCCGAGCACGGGCCAUCCACGGAGGGGAUCUUCCGGCUGGCGGUCAAGGAGCACGUCUCCCGGGAGCUGAGGGAGGCCCUCGACAGCGGAGCAGAGGUCCACCUCGAAAGCCAGCCUGUGCACGUGCUGGCCGUCCUCCUGAAGGACUUCCUGCGGAAGAUCCCCUCUAAGCUCCUCGGGGCAGAGCUGUACGAGGAGUGGAUGAGCGCCCUGCAGAAGACCAGCAGGCAGGAGAAGCUGGCAGCACUCAGGGAGGUGGCCGGCAAGUUGCCCCAGGCCAACCUCCUGCUCCUCAAGAGCUUGCUGUCCCUGCUGCAAAGGAUCAGCAGAAACGCGGCCAGCAGCAGGAUGACUGCCGGCAACCUGGCCAUCUGCGUGGGGCCGAACCUGCUCAGCCCACCCGAGGAGCAGACGCUGCCCCUGGACGCCCUGGUGCAGGUGACGGGGCAGGUGCCUCCAGUCGCUGCAGAAAGCCAACACCUGAAGAGCUCCUCUGGGGAGAGAAGGUAAAAUGAGCUCGCUUUGAUUAAGAGCAGGAGUGGUUCAAGUUUGUCACAGCUUUCCCUGUCUAACCAUACUAUUGAAUGGAAAGCUUGCCAGGCCCUUCACAAGAAAGCAGAAAGCGAAAACUGACCUGUGAAGAGGGGAGCGACGGGCACCCGGGCAGGAAGAGGAGAAGGCUGGAGAGGGAGCUCUCGGGGAUGGGCGACUGAGACGAAAUCCAAGCAGGGCGAGAAGAACGAGGAGGCCAGGUGCCGAUGUGGUUUUGCUGCUUGGAUUCCCCGGAUGAGCUGCGACACCUGGGCUUGGAGGGGCACGAUGCAGCCCCAGCACCCCCUCGGCGGAGGCGAGGAGAGAGGCACCCAUGCCCUUCUGCUCUGGCGAGCACAUUUCCCUCGUGCUCCGCUCAGCCGGAGCGGCCCCGCACCGCCGUCAGACCCCCCCAGCCUGCGCAGGAGGCCUUGCUGGCUCACUCAGUGAGCCAUUUGUUGGUCAAAACUGGCAUUUUCCUUGGUAGUUCACCUCUCUUGAUAAGUCCAUAACCUGGGAUUCCAGCAGUCCUCUAUUACUAUGUCUUUUAGAAACAAAUUUUUGGAUAUACGUUGUGGUUUUUUGGAUACAUGUUAUAGUAUAACCUCCAAAUGUAGUGUCUUAGCUCCCUUUCCUCCCCUUAAGCCAAUAUAGGUACAUUGAUAAGUGUUCUGUUGUAGUGGUUUUGUCAUUUAGAAAGUAGUCGUUUCACACUUUUUGAGCACAUGCUUCUAGGAACUGUGUUUUAUUUCACAAGACUAGUGUUAGAGUGACUUUUCAGCAGCAGUAGUAGU